AUUCCUUCUUCAAUAUUGUGGACGAUAUGAUUUGAAUUGGGAGGGUUUUGUACCAAUGCUCAAACUGCGCUUUCCGUAACAUCGAAGUUAAGAAGCCAGGGUAAAAUGAGCAAGUAUGGCUUGAACCUUAGACCUGCAAAGCAGAAGAAGCAGCCAAUAAGGCCUUCCCUUGCCACCCCUUUUGGCUUUAAUGAUGAUGACGACGACGAGAAUGACGUUGAGAGAAAAAUUGCUCUCCAGGCUAGCAAGAAUAAAACUCUCAGGGAAGUUGAGGAACAGCAAAAGAAAGCUUUGGAAGAAGAUCCGUCCAUAUUUGAUUAUGAUGGAGUCUAUGACAAAAUGAAAGAGAAAGUCACUCGUCCAUUGGUACAAGAUCUUGAAGAGAGAAAGCCAAAAUAUAUCCAAAAUCUGAUGAAAAAAGCAAAAGAGCGAGAACAGUAUCGGGAGAUUGUUUAUGAGAAAAAGAUUGCCAAAGAGAGAAGCAAAGAUGACCAUCUCUUUGCUGAUAAAGACAAAUUCAUUACAGAAGCAUAUAGAAGGAAACUUGCUGAACGAGAGAGACAAAUGGAGCUAGAACGCCUGCGCGAACUUCAAGAGGAGAGAGAAGAUGUUACCAAGAAGAAGGACUUUUUGCUUGAUUUUUAUGGGAACCUCGGUAAAAAUGUUGCUUAUGGUGCAAAAGAUGCUCAAGGGAGGAAACUUGAUCAUCGGGCUGAGAAUAUAGUUCCAGAGACACAUGAGGGAGUGAGCCCUGACACAUCAAAUCGGCAUCAGCAUACUGAUGCAUCAGAUGAAGUGCAACAUUCAUUGGGUAACUCAAGUUCACUGGAGGAGUCUUCUCGGAAAAAGAUUGGGGAUCAGGGUGAAACUUCUAAUCCUCCCAAUGGAAGCAUCAGUCCCUCGGAUAUGAAGCCAAAUCCCGAGCCUUUUGUAGAAGAAAAGAGUUCAGUUGAAGAGCCAUCAGCUUCUCAACCAAAGCCCGAGCAUCACAAAAGAAGUCAAGAUGCUCUUGCUGCAGCAAAAGAACGCUUUCUGGCACGUAAGAAAGCAAAGGAACAGUGAAAAUCUUCCUGCCUGUCUUCAGAUGUCUGGUGGCACAAGUAUGGUCUUUAGUCUUUGUUGUUUGAUUUAAUAUCCAUGAUGUUAAAUUACCUUAAAUGCUAAAGAGCUCACUCUGUGAAAAGGAGUCAUAGAAUGAACUGUUGUACGGCACUAGUGUAUUUUAUUUUAAUUUUACUAAUUUUAUGGUAUGUAAUAUUGGUGCCAAUUUCGUCAUUCA